CGCUCCGCCGGUACUGCCUUUAAAAUGCCACCGCCAUGCUCGGUAUUCUUUACGAAGUGAACAUGUAGGUGAUGCUGCGUAUAAUAAUCAGAACAUAGCGCAGUAUUAUAAGUAUGAACGAACUUGUUCAGAAAACAUUCGCAUUUGAGAACCAGGAGGACAGGCGUGCUUUGCGAGUGUCAGUGGCAGAGGUUGUUGAUCCUCAGUAUGGGAUGUACGUCUGGCCUGCAGCAGUGGUGUUGGCACAGUACGUUUGGACUGCACAGGAGACACUACAGAAUAAAAGCAUACUAGAGCUUGGUGCUGGUGCCAGUUUGCCAGGCAUAGUGGCAGCUAAGUGUGGAGCUCAUGUGAUUCUGUCGGACAGUGCUGAACUUCCUCAGUGUCUGAAGAACAGCAAGCGAUCCUGUGAACUUAACCAUCUGCCUGAUGUUCCUGUACUCCCGCUUACCUGGGGAGAGAUCUCACCAGAGCUUACAGCUCUACUACCUGUAGAUAUUAUUCUGGGAUCAGAUGUUUUCUAUGAACCAGAAGAUUUUGAAGAUGUCCUUGUGACAGUUUCCUUUCUUCUUAGACGAAACCCAUCUGGACAAUUCUGGACCACAUAUCAAGAGAGAAGCACUGACUGGUCUAUAGAAGCUUUGUUGCACAAAUGGAACCUGCAGUGUUCUCAUGUUCCCCUGGACUCAUUUCAUGCAAACAAAAAACACCUUGCUGGAUCCACUUUACCUGGGAAUCAUACAAUACAAAUGCUAAUCAUAACACAUAAGAACUAACAGCUGCACCAUGCUUCCUCUGAUGUGUGUACAAGAACAGCCUGAAAGAAAUGUCUCAUCUAAUCUUUUAUAAGGACAGUAAAAGCUUUUGGCUGUCCAUUAAACAAGGGAUAAAAAUGCAAAAAGCUGUACGUGGCUCAUUGUCUAGAAACUUUGUCCAUAAAGGCGACCCGGCUGGCCUUUUUGCAGAGCUGAGAUUCGAACUCACAAGCUUGAGACAUCUGAAUCAAUAACCUAACAUUUUGUGGAAUAUGGACAUAUUUGCUGCACUGCACUGGGAACAGUCACAGAAUAAGGAGUGGGAUUAGGGGGACUCAUGAUGACCAAAGGUUAUGUAGCAGCUUAUCAAUGCUGCACUGUUACCCAUUCGUUAAGCUUUAGUUUUACCUUUAAAAAAACAAGCUGAAGACCAGAGACUCCAUCUUAAUAUUACUGUACCAGCAUUACAAAAUAAUCACACAACUAAGCAUUGAUGGUGUAUAAUAUAGAAGGUUGGACCCCUAUUUCAGCUUUCAACACACUCCUGACUCGAGGCCGAUUUCUUCAUCCAAGCAGCAGAGUUGAAAGUCCACCCGCACAUCUGUACUAAUCAAUCACUGCAGAUGUGGUUAGAGAUUGAAUCACUUCUAGUUCGGACAGCGGCUUUUCCAAAUUCCCUUGGCCCUCCUCCUGAAGUGCACUUUAGACCGAAGAGAGACAAAUUACACCUGUACAAAUGGCAGCGUAAUGCAGCCUUGAGGCUUACUUCUGUUGUAUUUAAUUAAUAAAGGUUUUGUUUGUAUAUUUUACAUAAACGUGUGAGUAAA